GAAGGGAUCGCGAGGGCUGUGCUACAGGAAUGACCCUAAGGAUGCUCUGGGCUGGACAGGCGAAGGGGGUCCUGGGAAGCCGGGGGAUCAUCUGCUUGGUGAUCUCUCUGCUCCUCCAGCAGCCAGGAGUCCACAGCAAGUGCUACUUUCAAGCUCAAGCCCCCUGCCACUAUGAAGGGAAAUAUUUUACCCUGGGUGAGUCUUGGCUCCGCAAAGACUGUUUCCAUUGUACCUGUCUGCAUCCCGUCGGUGUGGGCUGCUGUGACACGUCCCAGCAUCCCAUCGACUUCCCUGCAGGCUGUGAGGUACGUCAGGAGGCAGGAACCUGCCAAUUCUCCCUGGUGCAAAAAUCUGACCCUCGGCUGCCCUGCAAAGGAGGAGGGCCCGACCCAGAAUGGGGCUCAGCUAACACCCCUGCUCCUGGGGCUCCUGCUCCCCACUCCAGCUAAACUCAACUGAUCACCCUUCU